GCAGCACCGGGCGGGGCGGGGGGACCGGACCGGACCGGACCGAAAGGGCCCGGCCCUUGUGGGGCCCUGGGUCCCGAACGGGGCAGCUCCGGGCACCGUGCGGCCGGGCCCGCUGAGCCCCCGCUGUCACCGGGCCUCUGGCUGGGCCGGGGUCACCCCCCCCGGGCCCGGGCUCCGGUUUGGCCCCGCUGUCACCGGCUGUGCCGGUGUGUGACAGGCACCGGGGCUGCUGUGGUCCGGUGUCACGGCUCGGGGGCCCCGCUGUGCCUGUGGCCGGGCUCUGGUGGGGCCCCCCCGCCCUCACCGGGGGUGUCACAGGGCGGGGGACACCCUCCUGUCCCCAGGAGUUUGGGGACAGGGAGCUCCUCCUGUCACCGGCUGUGUGACAGCACCGGGCAGCCCCCCGGUCUGAGGUGACCCUGCCCGGUGAGCUCCUCCUGUCACCGGUGACCCUGCCCGGUGAGGUGCUGUUGUCACCGGCUGUGUGACAGGACUGGGUGGGGCUCUGCUGUCACCAAAGUCCUCCUGUCACCGGGUGUGACACCGUGGGUGGGACCGUUCUGUCCCCAGCUGUCACAGUGCCCUGGCAGGGCUGGAGGGGACCCUCCUGCCACCUCUUUAAUUCUCCACCCUGAAACCCACCCACAGCCUCCCACUAUCCCUCCUUGGCUGUUUCUCCCUCUUCCUCCUCGCUGGUUUUAAAUCCUAAACCACCUUUUCUCCAAGCUGAACUCGCCUCCAAGCACCCACAGUGAAUUCCAGGAGCAAAUCCCACAUCCUGGAGGCUUUAUUCCACCACAUUAACAGCCUAAAAAUCCCUCUGAUCCUCGUGCUGGGGGAACCCUGGGCUGAUUUUGGGAAGGGCUGGCUCCAGGACGUGUCCCCAGCCGAGGGGACCCCGUGAGGAGCAGCAGGUCCAUCCCAAGCCGUCAGCAGCGCUGGAUGGUGCCAGGGAGGAGCCAGGCCAUGGUGGCACCACAUCUGUCACUCUUUUCCUGCUCGGGAGCGAUCCCGUCUGUGCGACGCCUCACGGCCGACCUUUGGCAGCUGCCGGAACAAAUCCACCUGGAUUUGCCCGUGCUGGGAUUCCCUGGGAUUCCCUGGGAUUCCCUGUGUCCCCCGGGGCCGGGGGGGGUCCCCUGCGGGGGUCUUGGGGUGUCAGGAGCCCCUCGGGGGGCCUGGAGCUGCCGGGCUCAAAUCCAGCUUUGUCCUGCCUGGACACGCUCCGGGUUCCCUUCUCGGAAUAUUUUGUUUGCUUCAGGCCAAUCUAUUACGGUUUUCAGGAAUAAAAAUCACAUUCUGAAGGGAAGGCUGGUGAGGUCCAAACUGGUGGGAAUCCAACCCAAACUCUGGAGGGGAUGUGGGAGCCGCAGAAAUGGGAGCUCCACCUGCCCCAGGGUGAAGCUGCCAUCCCCUCUGUCCCCUUGCUUAUUUUAGCCAAAAUUAAAAUCCAUCAAUUAAUUUUUUUUUUUGCCAAAUAUUGGUGAUGGUGAAUGCAAGUCCAAAAGAGAAAGCAACCGUUCUAGGUAGAAUCCAGGCAGAAUAGAGGAUGGGUUUUUAAUUAAUGAGUGUGGAGGUGAUGGGAGCUUCACCCCUGUCUGUACCAGUGCUCAGGAAGUAUUUGGAUAAUUUAGAAUCAAGGAAAAAACUCACAAGUCUGCAGCCCAUGGAAACUCCUUGGUAAAGGGCUGGGUGUGAAACAUGCAGAUUUAUCCAGGGAAAAAAUUAAUGGAGAGACUGCACAGGAGCCAGAGAGGUGAGGAUGUGUCCUUCUCCAUUGUGUCAGGAGAAUCUCACUGGAGUGGGAAGUGUCUCUGCUGGGAUGGAACAUUUCUGGGAAUGUGGCUCUGAUCUUGCCAGAAAGCCAGCAGAGCCACUGGAGCAGGAUGAUCCAUCAGGAGAGGCUGCUGGAAAAGUGAAGGAGACCUCCAAGAGCAUCUCCCACCGCUGUGGUGGGGACAUCCCUCAUUUUCCCUUUGCUGGCAUCCCUGGUUUUCCCUUCAGUGACAUCCCUUGUUUUUCCAGCGCUCCCAGAUGCUGUGGGGCCAUCCCAGGAGACAUCCAAACAGCCUGUGGGUUAUUCCCACAUUUGUGUAACAUUAUUGGCACGUAUCAACAUUUUCCCAAAUUAGACUGGAGCUUCCUGAGAUCUCUGGAGGUUUUAGGAAGUCAUUAGGCAGCUCUUCCCUGGAAACACGAACUGUGUGGCCUCCUGUGGAGGGAAAGUCAGUCGUGGCUUGUGUUUUCCACCUUUUUCCAGCUCCAUGGAAAUUGGGAGUUUCAGGGGGAUUUUUCAUGGGUUUAAUGUGUGCCUUUGGGGCCUCCUCCAGAGCUGCUCUGUGCUCACAGGGAGCUUUUUCCACGUUAUGUUCCUGGCAGGUCGAGGGACAGGGAUGAGCUGUUGAUCACAAUCUCAGCUCUAAAAGUUGAGCCUCUGGUUUCAACUCCCAUUUUAUGGUUUUUCUGACCCCUUUAUUGCCACUUAUCCAGCAGUUUCUGUGUCUGCAUCCUGCCAUUCCCCAUCCCUGGGUGUGGAGCUCUGGAAGCCCCCUGGGUUUGCAGGUUUUCCAGGGAGCCUUUGCUAAUUCCCAUAUGUUAAUCCCAACUGUUAAUCCCUAAUCAGCCAGAGGAAUUAAUAACUUCUUCCUUCUUUUCCAGGUCGACGCACAAUGAGAUGGAAAAGAACAGGCGUGCCCAGCUCAGGCUGUGCCUGGAGAGGCUGAAGGGGCUGGUGCCGCUGGGGGCUGCGGCCGGGCGGCACACGACACUCAGCCUCCUCACCAGGGCCAGGCUCCACAUCCAGAAGCUGGAGGAUCAGGAGCGCCGGGCCCUGCACCAGAUGGAGCAGCUGCAGCGGGAGCAGCGGCACCUGCAGCGGCAGCUGGAGAAGCUGGGCCUGGAGCGGGUCAGGAUAGACAGCAUCGGCUCCAGCCUUUCCUCCGAGCGCUCCGACUCGGAUCGAGGUGAGAGCCCGCGCCGGGGCACGGCCGGAGGGAGGCCUGGCCCCGUUGGAACUCCAACCCUUCCCAUUCCUCCGGCAGAAGAGAUGGAUGUGGAUGUGGAGAGCACGGACGACCUCCCCGCCGACCUGGACUGGAGCAGCAGCAGCCCCAGCGACUCGGACGAGCGCGGGAGCCUCCAGAGCCUGGGCAGCGACGAGGGAUAUUCCAGCUCCGGCGGGACCAGGGCCAGGCUGGCCGGCAGCCCUAAGCUCCCCGUCGGGAUAUAGGGAGCUGCUCCCGCGGCCGCCGUCCCCUUGGGAUCCCUUUAGCCAGCACACCCACCCUGCCAGCAUUCCCUGCACGGAAAUUCCGAACAUCCCACAGCUCCAGCCGCUCCCGGGGCUCCCUCUGCACCGCCAGCCUCUCUGGCCGAACCUUCUCUGCCAGGCCCGACAUUCCAGCCACGCCUGAAGCGCCCGGGAAUAUCCUGGCAAUAACAGCAACCUCAAGAGCCUUCCCCGGGCUCCUUCCCAGGCUGUCACUGCCCGCUAUUCCCGAUCUUCUCUCCGCUUGGGUGGCCACAUCGUGUUCCUCAUCCUCAGGACCGAAGAAGCUGAGUUUCUGGGAGCAGAUCCCAAGAGAGACCCGGUCCUUUGUGGAGUUUCCAUCCGUGACAGAGCGGAGCCAGGCUGGGAACACAGAGCAUUUUGGGCACAGGGAUCAGCCUCAGUCGGGGGUUCCUCCCCCCGACUCUAAAUAUUCAGGGACACCCCAUCCCAGCCCUCCCGGAGCGUUCCUGGCGUGGGGAGAGCGCUCAGAGCCAUCCUCAGCCCUCGGGUCGGCCACCUCCGGGCUGGGAAGUU